AUGGCUCAAGACACAAUUUCUUUUCAAGUAAAUUACAAAGGAAGGAUCAUACCGUUGGAAUCGUGGUCUCUUGAUAAUACAGUACAUGAAUUAAAAGAAUUCCUUGCCAAAAGUAUUGGCAUGCCUUCCGAAUUUCAAAAAUUAUUAUACAAAGGUAGUUCACCAGAAGACAUUCAAAACAUCAAGCUUGCGGAUUCAAAAGUGAUACAUCAACCUUUUAACAAAUCGAAAUCAAAAUUUGCAAUCAAUCCAUAUAAGGAUAUAAGGAAUAAAGAGUCGACAUUAUCGGAACACAAUUAUACAUUUCAUAAUAUACAAGUAAUAGAACAAUUUCCUGAAUCCGGGAAGGCACGUGUAUUGUUGGAAAAAUUGAGAGAUGAUAACGGAAUUAGAGAAAUAAUGAAAAAGUAUAAAUGGAAUGUUGGUACUUUACGAGAAUUAUCCCCGGUAGAAAAAGAUAUUCUGGGAUUUAAUAAAAAUCGUGGAGAGUUAAUUACAUUAAGAUUACGUACAGAUGAUAUGGAAGGUUUUAGGCAUUAUCCUGAAAUUAGAAGAGUUUUAUUACAUGAAUUGGUUCAUAAUGUUUGGGGUGAUCAUGAUGAUAAUUUUCAUCGGUUAAACAGACAACUCAACAAGGAAGUUGGCAAAUUUUUCUUUAAUAUAUUAGUUGAAUUGGAUUGGACAGCAUCAGGAGGUCACAAAAUAUCAAAUGAUGAAUUUUAUAAUGCUCCUGAAGAAGAAGCAAUCGAUGAAAAAUCUUGGCAAGGUGGAACUUUUGUUCUUGGUGGUGUAGGUACGGAUCGUAGAUUAACAAAACGUGAACUGUUAGCUGAAGCUACUUUAAUGCGUUUGACAAAAGAAGAGAAAGAAUUAGAUGACAAUUGUGGUUCCAAAUAA